GGCUAAUGUUCCAACGGUGUAAUCACAGAAUAACGUACAUUGGUCUUAUCUCUGAAAGCCUCGACUUGUUUAGACUUGUAUCACCUUGUCGUUACACUACAUGCUUCUACUUCACAAUAUUGCCCUGAAUCUGAAUGCUAAACUUUUAAACUCGUAACAAUUUUUUUAUUUUAAACUGGCAUUAAGUAAUCUACGUGAGACGUGUUACAUCUAAUGGAUACUAUUAAAUUUGAAACAGAGGAAGUAAUUGACGCGGUCAAUAGUGAAGCCGAGACUGAAUCGCCAUCAAUUAGUGAAGAUUCAGAAUCUUAUUACCAACAUUUAAGAUCAACUGGUUUACAGAUUAGUACUGAAGACUAUCCAGGACGAUUUGAUUUUGAUUUUUUUUUAGAUGUCACAGAAAUUUCUAAAAGGCAUUGGAUGUAUUCUGAAUCUUUGAAUAAAGUAUAUAUUGAUAUGAAUCGAGUACUGCCUAUUCAGUUUCAAUGGCGAUUUGAUGAUAUUGAAUUAUUAGGAAUUAAAAAUCUUCAAAUCCGUGCUUUACCAAUUUUUGCAAAUUCUGAAUUUCAACAGUUGUCCAUCAAACGUUGUCCUAUACAUAUUUUGCAGGAUAAAUUGUGUGAUAGAAAAAAAAUGGAACAUAUACUUUGGUGUGAACAAAGUGAUGCCAUAUAUGAACAAAAUCACAUAAGCCAAAGACAAAGUGUUGUUGCCAUUGUUCAUAAUUUUGUUCCUUGUUCAGAUUUUAAAACUUACAAUGUAUUAUAUAAAUUUAUGUGCAAAUCUAGUUGUAAUAUGAGUCUUAGUCGAAGACCCAUUUAUGUAAUUUUUACUUUAGAAACAUUAAAUGGACAAGUAUUAGGUAGAAAAAAAAUUGGUGUAAAAGUGUGUAGUUGUCCAAGGAGAGACAUGUUAAAAGAAGAAGAAAUAGAAAAAAAAAGAAUAACAGGAAUAAAGACUUUUAAUAAACGUACAUCAAUAAUUGAAGAUAAUGAAACUUCAGGAAAAAAACUUAAAUCCAAUAAUGAUAAAACCGAAGAUAAAAUUUAUGAAUUACCAUCAUUACCUAUUCUAGGAAAACAGUUAUAUUUAAGCACUUUAGAAUUAUUACAUGGCCAUUUUUUGGGUAGCGCCGUUCGAAAAGAUUGCUUAAUAGACUCACAUCCUUUGAUUAGCAUGCUAUCUGAUCUUAUAUCUAAAGUGAAAUCUGAAAAUAAUAAUCAUAACAAAAUUGAAUCAGAAAACCCAUUAAUACAGACAAAUUAAAAACAAAAUAUUGAUGUAACAAUCAUGACAACAUUGUAAGAGUAAUUUAAUAAAAUAAUUUAAUUGUUUCUUCUAG